UACUUUUGCUGCCAACAGUAGUAUUGUUCAUGUGUAGUGUGUGUGUUUUCGUCGCAUUUAUGUCGGGCGCGAGCCUGUGCCGUUCGUUACACGGUUGACUCACCAGUCUACGUCACACAAAUAUUCAGCAGGAAUACAUUGUACUGCUGUACAGCAGUACUUUACAGCAGUACUUUACAGCAGAUGAGCAGGCUUGCAUGUGCGAUGUCUCUCUGUGCAAUGUCCAAGUUGCGCGCACUUUCAAGGUCGGCCACGACAAGGUCAGACGCAUCAUCAACCACUGGCAAGCGGCAAAGAAGGAUGAUGGGCGACGCCGCCUCACCAAAGUAGAAGAAGAUCAACUUCGCGAGUUCAUCAACGACGAGCACAACGCCGGUCGUCAAGUCUUUCGCCGCACGGUGGCAGAAUGGUUGCACAGGACUUCAAACAUGGAGCAGCCGUCCAACCGUUCGGCAGGAGGGCUGCUAACAACGGCCACUCGGGAAUACAUCCACCUCAAUCACCCUGAAAGGCUCGAGGAACGGGUGGUGAUGUUCAUGAGGAAAAAGGGGUGGGCGUUGAUUUGGACGCCGCCCUACAUGCCGUCCUUUCAACCGAUCGAGCUUUUUUGGCAGCAUGGGAAGCAGUACGUCAGCCUUAACUUUGAGUUGAAGCGAAAGAUGCGGGAGGUGUGGGUGCAGAUUCGUAAAGGUUGGUAUAGGGACGAGGCAUGGCCAGGCCAGGAGGGGGGGUGGAAGGCAGCUAAUUGUUCGAAGCUGGUUGACCACGCCAUUGGAGAGAUGAAUAAGUGGGUCAAGGACCGUGAUGGAGUGCUUUCUGGUACGAUAGGCAGCCUUAUAAAGCCGGACGGGUACGAUACCGAUGAUGUGUCGCCCGUGGGUGAUGUCGAGGAAGGGGUAGGGGAGCCGAUCCAGCGGGAAAGCGCAGAAUGGGGUGAUGGCAGCGACGAGGUUGAACCAUGA